AUGGCUAGUGGUUCCGUAGUUGAUUAUUAUAGUUCUCGUGCUAAUCUUGAUAAACUCAAUCCAUUAAUACGUUCAGCAUAUAAUACUACAUCAGAUUUUGAAGAAUAUAAACAAAAAUUACUUACAAAAGUCGAUGCUGGUAAUCAAGAUGGAAAUACAACAUAUCUUGAUUCACUUGAAGAAAUUCGCCGCGAACAACGUGUUCGAUUGGCGCAAAUUGAACAUGAGUAUUAUAACCUAAAGAACGUUCAAUCAUUUGAUGUACCAUAUUAUCCACAAAAUAUAGAACAAAAACACGUAACUAUAGUUACAUCAAAACCACCACUACCAACUGCAUCAAGAAGAUCACCAUCACCAGUUUUUGUUAUUGAAGAUCAAACUCAACAUCAUAUUCAUCAUCGUCCCAUAUCAGCGAAUAUAGUUCGACGACAUGAUGAUAAUAUAGCUUAUUGUCCACAUCGAACAUCUGCAGACGAUACAAUAACAAAAAAUGAACAUGAUUUAUCAACGAGUCAUGUUCAAAAUCAAAUACAUAAUUUAUGGAAUGAAUUCGAAUUAGAGGAUUAUUUAGAACAGAAAAAAACUCGACGUCCUCCAAGUGCGCCAUUAAAUGAUAAUUGGGCAGGUCGUGUAACAGUACCCGAACCAUUUUGUCUAACAAAUAGUAUGUCUGUGGAUAAUAUACAUCGAAGAAAGUGUAUGCAUGAAAUCGAAGCUGCAAAAAUACAAAAAGAAGUUGAUGAUGAACUAUUACUUAAUCGUUCCUUUAAAGCUAAUCGUGUUCCAGCUCAUGUUCGUAUGCCUUUAUAUGAACAAUUACAAGACGAGCAACGUGUACGUCGUGAACAAGUUCGUCAUAUGACAAAAGAAUAUUUAAAUUCAAUAUCAAAACCAUUUGGAUUUGAAUCACGUGAGAAAGCUAAAAUAAAUUGUCGACGACAUUCAUAUUCAGGUAACGAUACUCCUCGACGUCAACCACAAUUUAAAGCAAAACCAGUACCUGAUUUUUAUUAUCGAACAAGCAAAGAUAUUGAAGAAAUGAAAGAAAAUUCUCUUUAUCGUUCAAUAAAAAAACAAAUACGAGCGAAAGAAUUACUUCGUCAAUCUCGUCUUCCAUCAAGUAUGCAAGAACGUGAACAUCAUGCUAAACAUCAUACACAUCGUUCAAUGAGUGCAGAAAAUUUAGCACGUGCUGGUCGUGAAGAAUACACAUUUAAACCGAAAACAAAUGGUCAUUAUAUACCAAAUUAUGAUAAACUUCAUGAGAAAUUUUUACGUGAAACUGAACGAGCAAAACGUUUACGACCACCCACAAAAUGUGAACCAUUUUUAUUAUAUACAAAUAUGAUUCCAUCAAGAAAAGAUCGUGUACUUGAUGAUAUUCGAAAUGAUGAAGAGACACGUUAUUUACAAACAUUUCAAAUAAAAGGAAAACAAUUACCACCAAGAUCUGCAUCAGGAAUAAGUUUAUCAGCUAGUCUUCAACAACCAGAAGCUAUACCAACAAAAACAACUGAUAUACAACAAGUACGAGAAAGAAUAGGAAAGAAAAAACGACGAGAUGAAGAACUUCGAAAUAAAUUUGAAGAAAAAUUUCAACGAUCAAGAUCAGCAAAAGAAAAACAUCUAAGAGAACGAAUUUAUGAACGAGCAAAAUCACAAGAUAAAUCAGCCAUAUAUAAAGCAAAGAAAGAAGAAAAUACUCGUAAAAUUCGACAAUCAAUGCGUCGAAGUGAAGAUGAAUAUGCUAAAAAAUUAGAUGAAAUGAAUCAUCGUAUUGAUCGACGUCCAUUACUAAUUGAACAACAUCCAGGAGAUGCUGCUGUACGACAUUUAGAAAAAAAAAUUCAACAUGCAAUGAAUGUAGCUAAAAUAACUGAAAGAGAUUUAAUGAGAGAACGAUUUAAUCCACCAAAUGUUAAAGUAACAAAAACACGUACUGUUUACUCUUCAUAA